UGUUUCCUGCGGCCUCCUUGGAAUCCUGGACGACUGUCGCUCGGACGCUUUUGCCAAUUGUUUCCGAUGAACGCUCGAUCGCAGGCGGUCAAAGAGGAAUCGAAGGCGGAUGGAUCGGCCGAACGCGACGGACCGGCAGCCUCGAGAGACAAAGCGUUUCCCGGAUUCUGACGCGUUCCCUCGGAGGGACUGACUCCGAUCCGAGCCUGCACAGUGUUCGGGCUGCCGCUCGGAUACGUAAAAACGCAUACAGACGAAUCUUAGCCAGCCAGUUAAAGACCCCCGCCAUGUGGUGUGGCUAUUUCAGUGCUUGCUGUCCGCGGAACAGCGCCAGCAGCUUACCGUGGUUCAGCCGCGAGAGCGCGGCUCCUCUCCGGAUCGACGAGUCCCAUGAUUUUCGCUUCGCUUCCCGCAUCUUUUGGGUGCCACCUUUCGCCUCGGACGAGAUUCCUCGAGAGAUCAUCGCCACGCGACGCAACUGCGUCGCCCCCCGGCCGAGAACACUCGGACGGGAUCGGAUCGCUGCAGAAUUUGAUGGAAUGUCAGCGAACCCUUCCUAUAAAUAAGCACGCGAUAUCGAUCGGUCACGAUACUCUCCCGGCGUUCAACCCGUCAACGUGCGAGCGAUGACUUGAACGUGGCCUCGGAUCGCGACCCUAACCCGUCACGCGUCUGAGAUGCGUUCUUGAAUCGUCGUGCCCGUAAAUGCGAUGUAAGAGUAUGCGCCACGCACGCUGUCCUCUUGACCGGCGUACGUGCUGCGAACGCCUCGGGAAGACCGCUCGCUAUUCGCGCCACGAAGCGCUUGUCGCUCGUCGACGUUAGCUGUAACCCCUAGCGUUCCGUUCAGUGAAGGAGAGGAAUAUUUAGCGGUGAGGAAGGAGCUUCUGUGGCAAGGAAGAAGAUGGACAAGUACGAGAUGAUGGAGGUCGUAGGGGAAGGUAGCUACGGAGUGGUGAUGAAGUGCAAGCACCGGGAAACUGGCCAACUUGUGGCCAUCAAGAGGUUCCUGGAAACCGAGGAAGAUCUACAAGUGCGGAAGAUGGCGUUUCGCGAGAUCAGGAUGCUGAAGAAGCUGCGCCACGAGAAUCUGGUGAACAUGAUCGAAGUGUUCCGUCGAAGGAAACGAUUCUACCUCGUGUUCGAGUACCUGGACCACACGCUGCUGGACGAGCUGGAGCGACUGGGAGGCGGACUGGGCUGGGAAACGUCCAGACGACACAUUUACCAAGUCCUUCGAGGCCUGAACUUUUGUCACUCUAAUAACAUCAUGCAUCGCGACAUCAAACCGGAGAACAUCCUGGUGUCGCCGAACGGAGUGAUAAAGCUGUGCGACUUCGGGUUCGCGCGUCUCGUGAACGGACCGAACGAGUCCUGCACCGAUUACGUGGCGACCAGAUGGUACCGGUCGCCGGAACUUCUGCUGGGCGAUCCACGGUACGGGAAAGCGGUGGACGUCUGGGCGACGGGCUGUUUGUACGCGGAAAUGAUCACCGGAAGCGCUCUGUUUCCGGGCGACAGCGACGUCGACCAACUUUACCGAAUCACCAAAGUCCUCGGGGGAUUGUGCAGAAGGCAUAUGGCGUUACUGAGUCGCAACGCGCCUGGUAGAAUGUUGCGUCAUACAAGCGCCGAUGAACUUAUGGGCCCUCCUCAAUCCGGAGUCUCAGCGCUGCGUAAAUUGUUCCCGUCAUGGGACAACGCUGCAGCGGUCGACUUCCUGGCUCAGUGUCUUCGCAUGGACCCUGACGCCCGUCCCAAGUGCUCCAGCUUGUUGCAACACUCGCUGUUCAUGCAGAAUGGAUUUGCAGAAAAGUUUCUGGUCGAGCUACAGGCCUGUCUGGUCAAGGAGUCCGCGAUGAACCCUCUGCUAUCCAAGAAAUCCGAGGAGAGAAGGCUGACUGUCCUUUCAGCCGAAUCUCCUACGAGAAUCUGUCGCCAAAGCACUGGCAGAUGGCAUAUGACUUCUGUGAAGGAUAGAGUAGUUGGCGACAAAGUGGAACCUGAAGCAGAGCAAACGGUAGAGGAAUCGCAAAGACCAUCACCGGUGUCCAUCACUCGGCCUAAGGAAGUUUGUUACUUCGGAUCUGUCUCGGUUAUACCUAAUACGACCUACAUUAGAAGGCUGCAACAUAAAGGGUUUCUGGCUGCGGAAUCUAAAGGUUGCACGCUACCAUCUUUAGCUUCUAAAGACCACAGCACAACAACGAAGACUACAGGGAAGAGGAAGAGGAUCGAUUUACCUAGCGUGGACCGCUAGAGAAUUUUAGACAGAUAAGUCUCUGCUGGUGACUACAUGGGGGUCAUAAUUUAGUUAACUUUGACGAGUAAUUGCGUUUGUAAAGAAUGUCAAGUGUGUGCGAGUAACGCAUUUCUCUAGAUCUGUAGCUAGACAUAUUUUUCUUGAUAUAUAAUGAUGUCUGUAUUGCAAGUAUUGCAAGUAUUUUACUGCAAUUUUGAAAUAAAGGGUUUGUUUGUUAUCGUAGUGUGGUAAAUAUGCUGAUAUAAUUGGCAGACUUGUAUCCUGUUAUGUAUUUAUUAUUUAUUAUGAAUUCUUUUCUGUACAGGGAUCAUC